UCCGGAUGCACAAUAUGACGUCAGAGGAUAAGCUAAUAGCCUGACAGUUACGGGAAGCAGUAAAAACCCGGGAACGACCUGUUAUCGUUAAUGUAGCAGAACGAGGGAAAACAAGUGGACACGAAACUGAAUAAUCUGAGAAUAGAUAGAAUCAUAAAAGAGCAGCAAAUCAAGAGGCGUUUCCUUUUGAUAAAUGGAUUAAACCCCGAGUGGUUAAAUCUUAAUAUUUAUGAGUAUAAUUUUGAAAACCACGCAAGUCUUCUUCUAUAGAUAUUAGUAUUAAUACUUUGUGAUUAUCUAUAAUAAUUUCUUCUGUUUUACUUUUAAAUAAAAGAUGUCACAUUAUAAUUCCUAUGUAUUUCCUCGAAAAUAGUUUUAAAUGCAUGAAAGGUGAUCAAUCUCAUAACUCCUAAAAAGAAAUAAAGAGUUAGGAAAACAUGGACCCUGGAUAUGCCAGAGGUGGGAUCAGGUGCCUAGGGGUAGGAGGCAUACAUUUUAGCGACCGAUUUAAUGCUUUGUGGUGGCUUAGUUCCUCUUGUUUAUAGAGGAUUUUGUAAGAUAUUCCACGAAAACUACGAUAAUUGAAACCCACGAAAAUUAAUUACUUUACACUAUUAAGUUAAUUCUUAUCAUACCCAACUACCUUAACCCAAUUACAUUGAGAUAUCAAGAAACUAAGUUAUCUUCAGAAAACCCAUAUCAUCACCCGGGGGUGAUAGUUAAAUCAAUAAACCAAAUUAUUAAUGGAGCAAAUGAGAUUUUUUUUAAAAUUAUUCAAGAAAACAGAAUGAAUCUAUUUGAAAGAAUAGGAUGAAACAUCAAAAAUGUAUGUGCAAAGAAACAUCUUACUGACUUGUAAUUUUAAACGGCUUUCGUUCCAUAUGAAACCGCAUUGCACAUCGUACACUAAACGUAUAAUUGUCAAUAACUUUACUAGAUCUGAAUGCAAAGAAAAUUAUUUCCUACCAUUUUAAAAGCAGAAUUCUUAACAAUGGAUCCAAUAUUCAAAAGAGACAAGAGUAUGGAUUUAAUACAUAUAAAAUGAUAUUGAAGAAAAUGGAUUUACGCAAUACAAAUAGACAUGAUGGAAGUGCUCAAUUCUGCAGAAUGUCAGAAACCUAUCCCAUUUCGGUCUAGGUCAAUGCUGUUAUCACAUCUCCAUAAUUCAUGCAGUGAGUCAAACUACAUCGAUCGAGUCUUUCGAGUAUUGCCAAUCUGAACUGUAUCGCGAAGACCAAAACGAAAAAUAAAAAAAAAAUAUUCAAGUUCUCCCCGAGAUCGAUAGCGUUCUGACUAACGUAGACCAGCUCUCUCCUCGUCGGGAUCCGUGGACGGCUAGCUGGUGUCGUACGUGAAUAUUUCCAUCGAUCUGCGCAGAAUUCCCUACCUCCAAGUAUAACUAUUUUCUAUCACAUUCCAGGAAUCCACACAGAUAUUUACUUAUUGCAGCAUAUUACUGACGUCCUUAGUUUCUGGGAUAGGGGAACCGGUAUGCGAUUCUAAAACUCAACUUUUUCCGUUUAGAGACUUGCGAAACGACUAAAUCAAGUUUAGCUAAAGAUGAAGUCGAUAACCAAUCUUUUGGUUGUGUUUGGACUAGUUCUCGCCAUUUCACACCAAUCAACAUUGGAGCCGAUUAAUAAAUCAGAUAAUGGUCAUCGUCCGGAUUUAAUUAACAUAGAUGAGGGCUCGCUGCAUGGUUCUAAGCCAAGACCUAAACCUGUUGUUACUAUUGAUAGAGAUGACGAUGAAGAUGGGGACGAUGCUGACGUCAUUGAUGGUUCCGGUUCUGGGUCAAGCGAAGUCAAACCGGAAACCACGACACUGCAUCCAACGCAAUACCCAGGUCCUAUUGUCAUGGAAACACCUGCACCAUCGUCAACUGUGGAUGACAGCAAAAUAAAAGAAAUAAUAAUACAAGAAAAAGGAUCGAAGCCUCUUAAAGACACCUCAGAUAACAACACUCAAGUACUGGUUUAUGGAAAUAACGUCAUAACAUUGGUGUCGGACAAUGACGACGAUCAUAAGUCAAGUGAAGAUAAAAAAGCAGCUUCAGAUUUAUUGGCGGAUAAGAUAAAAGAAAAUGGGAUAAAUACCCAAACCACAAAAGAAUCCAAGAUUGAACAGGGUGACAGAAUUUGUAAAGCUCUUGACUGUAAGUUUGGUGCAGAAUGUAUAGAAAAGCAACCGCUUAACUUUGAGUGUGUCUGUCCAGUUGGCACAUGCGCAGACGAGGAAGGUGCAGAAGUGUGCGGGUCUGAUGGCGUGACGUACAGAGGUUCAUGCCAGUUAGAGAGGGAGAGUUGUAAAAAGCAGAAGAACAUUUCAGUGGUUAAACACAGAAGUUGUGACCAAGAAUCAAUAGACACGUGUCCACUGUUUAAAGUUCCCAAGUGGAGUUCAUGGUCCAUGUGGAUUCAGUCUGGGGUUUCGGAAUUCCGUUUCCGGGUUUGUCUAUCCCACGAAGCCGGAAGCCCGGGGUGUGAUGGGAGAUCGAUUGAGGAGAGAAAGUGCAGAAAUCGUCGAAUUGGCUAUUGUCAGUCUCCGUUCGGAAAAACUAUCUCCAGAAAAGAGCAUAAAUGUGAUGGGAGUAACGUUGUCGACUACACAAAACUAGAUAUUCUGCUUCCGCAUUUAAAACGUCAUGAUUAUGAGUGUAUGUUUUCUCUCUACGACACGGCUGAGUCCAGAUUUGUCCACACAAACUGGACCUAUGACCAACUUUUAAACAAAGGAGACCCUGUUGUGUGGUGCGCUCAUAGAGGAAUGUUCAUCCCUUUCGUAUCUCCCCACAAGAGGUGCAGCCACCAUCUCACCAAUUUCUGUACCAAGCCAAAAGUUUGCGAGAAAAGAAGACGACGGGGACUAAAAGAUCACGGCGACCUUAAAAAGAAGUGCUGGAAAAAAUUCCUGUUGGGAGAGUCGCCACCAGUUGCACUUCCGUUGAACGACAAGUACUUUAUCUGUCAGAGAUUCGCAGACGACACGGAAUUCGCCCACAUCUUCGGAAACAAGGCAUUGUAUACAACAAUUUAUGAUACCAAGAGGAAAAUUCCUUUGGUGUCAUUUGGUCGCUUCAGCAGCCUGGGGGAUGGGUCGUGGCCAGCUAUUCCUUCAAUGGUUGAAAGGGGACUCAAGAUAAUCGAGCCGAUGGAUAUAGGCCUGAAAAAGAAGAGAGAACCUAAUGGGCUUCAAAUUAUCCCGACAGAAGACAUGACUUUUGAACAAAAAUGUCAUUUUGGAGAGUAUCAAGCCAUCGACGCAGACUAUGAAAACCAGCCAUAUCAGCUACAAUAUUUACUAUCCCCUGAAUUGGCAGGAAGUGACGUCGCCAAUCGUAUCGCCGCCCUAACCAUGACCAACACGAUCCCUCUACAUGCUUCAAUCUACAGCGCCUGGAAGCAGGCAUUGGUUAGCAUUAGAAAAUACGCCAUAGAUGUCUGUGGAGUUGUGAACGUGGACGAAAAGAUGGAGAGUCAUCACAGGAGAAAGAAGAACGACUCCCCGGAUAUGUACAUUGUUGCUGGAGGUGUGCCAUCAGAGAACAAUACGAUAGGAAAUGACGUCAAUGUUCCUGACGUCAUCUGGUUGUCUGGAUGUUGUGUAAAGGGUGGUGAAACUAAGUCUUUUGCAAUCUACGUCAGAAAUGUUCAAAAUGGACAAAUUAUCUCAGCCCCUGUUGAACAACUUGAGGUUCUGCUGUCAGAUCUUCAUAAAACAGAGUCGACAGUUCGCCUAUUUCCGGCAUUAAACGGGAUGUGUGCAGACUUGCAGAAUGACGUAUCAAGAUAUGUCGUUGUUUGAAAAGUAUCGCUGAUAAAAUGAAAAACCUAAGUAUGAUAUCGUUCAUUUUUCCGUCACAAUACGAAAAUAAUACUCAAUAAUUUAGCUACUAAAUCUGUGUAGUGAAAGUGGUCUAUUUACAGCAAGUUCCUUCUUACAUCAUGGAUAUUGUUAAAUCAAAAUUAACCUGUAUAGACCAAUUGAUGCCAUCCUGCAAAAACAAAUCAACAGCAAUGACUACCAUUUGGAUAUUGAUGGAGUGCAUCUUGUAUUUCUCAGCAUGGAAGCAAUAAAUUUCAUUUUACGUUCAUAUCUAUUUGUACAGAGCCAUUGUUGAUGUUUGAUAUUUAUCAUAUUUCUACAAUUUUAUGAUUUCACUUUGUAAUACGGAAAGGUAACAUUCAAUUCACUCGAGAAAUUUCAAGAAAACAUACAACAGAGAAUUUUUGAACCACGUGACUGGCAUGGAGUAUUCCUAUAUUCUUUACAAAACACCCGGAUGUCGACGUAUUGUAUCUGCCCGACACAUCCUUUCCAUGAUUUUCCUGGAGAUUUCGAUUGACUGAAUAAACAAGAACUCAUUAUGUACAGUAUUUAACAUUUUCUAGCUCUUUGAUUACUUCCAUUUUUUUUUUUCUUGGUUCAGAAAGGGUACUUGCAUAUAUUGCUUUGUGUGUUCAAUUUCAGCGUACCUUUAGAUAUUCUUCAUGAGGUAUAUUAACUCUUUUCAUUACCUGUCCAUUCAUACUUGCUUUUAAUAUUUAUUGCAACAAAAUGUCAUAGGGUAGUAUUACAUGAAUAGAUAUACACAUUUAAAACUAGAUUUACCAAAUACAUGUACAAUAUUGCAGUAUUUACCCUGAUCCGAGUUUUUGAGUGUCGAUAAAACAUAUAUUACAUGUACAUCAGACAAACCGCUUGAUCGUAAUUUUCAACAGUAGACAACUGGGGCUUUCAUGCUCUUACCGUGUUAAGUUGCGUAGACCUUCGUAGUCGUCAUCGCACAAAUAAACCUAAAGCUGCUCGUAAAGUUGAUGAAUUUUCUUAGUCAUUCAAUCAUUGGUUUCAAGUUAUAGCUUAUAAGCAAACUUGUUUGAUAAUACAAUGUCAUUUGCCUUUUAAAGGUAUCCAAUUAAUAUAGAUAAUCGGCUUUAUUCACUUAUGAAUCUAUUUGUGUAUCUAUAUUAUUCUAUCAACUAUGAUGUUGUAUAUUGUGCAAAUGUAACGUGUUACGAUUUGAGUGUAAAUAUCUUAUUAAUUAUGUCAUGUAUUGUUACAAAUCUUUAUGUUUUUCUUGCAUUCCAUUUUGUUCGUGUUAUUGCUGAAUAAAAGUGAGUUUCUUUUG